GUAUGGAAUGAGCUGCCAGAGGAAAUGGUGGAGGCUGGUACAAUUGCAACAUUUAAAAGGCUCUUCAGCAAAGGCUCUCGUGAGUUUGAAAGAAGGAAGCCUGUCCAGUACAUGGAACGAGAAAUACAUUGCAUUAUCCAAGACUCCUCCAUGGAAAGGAAGAAACGCCUGCUCACUUGUUCAGACUCCAACAAGAAGCAUGAAAAGGAGAUGCCUGUUGAGUGAAGAGGAGGAGAGGCAGCUGCAGAGCACCAAGUCUCCCAAAAGGAAUCCGAGAGUUGCCAUGCAACCUCAGAAAUAUUCUGCAACCAUGGCAACGCCUGAUAAGAAAGUCGCUCAGAAGAUUGGCUUGCGCUUGAGGAACUUGCUGAAACUUCCCAAGGCCCACAAGUGGUGUAUCUACGAGUGGUUUUACUCAAAUAUCGAUAAGCCACUUUUUGAAGGCGAUAAUGAUUUCUGCGUGUGCCUGAAAGAGUCCUUCCCAAACCUAAAAACCAGGAAACUGACCAGAGUCGAGUGGGGCAAAAUCCGGAGGCUAAUGGGAAAACCCCGACGCUGUUCGGCAGCUUUCUUUGCAGAAGAACGGUCUGCCUUACAACAUAAACGACAGAAAAUCAGACUCCUGCAACAGAGGAAGGUGACAGAGCUGUCUCAGUACAAAGACCUCCCAGAUGAGAUCCCAUUGCCUCUAGUCAUAGGAACAAAAGUCACCGCACGACUUCGAGGUUUUCACGAUGGCCUGUUUACAGGACAAAUUGAUGCUGUUGACACUAUUAACGCCACAUACCGAGUCACAUUUGAUAGGACGGGAUUGGGAACACACACUGUACCUGAUUAUGAAGUUCUUAGCAACGAGCCUCAUGAAACUAUGCCUAUCACUGCCUUUGCUCAGAAGCAGCGACCUUCCAGGUAUUACUUGACACCACCACGGCUGCCUUACACUACCAGCACCCAGUCUCCUAUCACAGACAAUGAUCCACUUCUGGGUCAGUCGCCUUGGAAAAGCAAACUGUCGGCUACUGAAGGGGACACACUUGGGGGAUUUCCUAUCGAAUUUCUUAUCCAGGUGACAAGGUUAUCAAAAAUUCUCAUGAUCAAGAAAGAACACAUCAAACAGUUAAAAGAAAUGAACACGGAAGCAGAGAAACUGAAAUCAUACUCUGCUCCCAUUGGAAUAGACUUUCAAAAACGAUAUGCGACGAUUGUUUUAGAAUUGGAGCAGCUAAACAAAGACCUGAACAAGGUUCUGAAUAAAGUCCAACAGUAUUGUUAUGAGCUUGCUCCUGACCAGGGUUUGCAACCCAUGGACCAGCCCACAGAUAUGCGCAGGAGGUGUGAGGAGGAAGCUCAUGAACUUGUACGACAGGCAAACACAUCACAAACUGGGCAGGCCAGCGUGAGGAAUGAAAAUCUCACUGAUCUAAUAGCCAGGUUGACAGCUGUGCUACUACAGAUCAAGUGUCUGGCAGAAGGAGGGGACUUAAACUCUUUUGAAUUCAAAUCAUUGACGGACUCUUUGAAUGACAUCAAAAGUUCUAUAGAUGCUUCGAACAUAAGCUGCUUCCAAAACAAUGUGGAAAUCCACGUUGCCCACAUCCAGAGUGGCCUCAGCCAGAUGGGGAACCUCCACGCCUUCACAGCCAACAACACCAACAGGGAUUGAAGGAAACUGAUGAACUUUUGUCCAGGACAGCCGGAUGGGUGAAGCCUCAGCCAGUGAGUGGCAGAAGGAAAGAAGAGGUUUUUUUAAAAAAAUUAACUAAAACACAUGUGAUAAGGAGAGCAAUUUCUGUGCUCUUACUCUGUACUUUUUCAUUAAAUAUGUAGCGCCGCAGCAGCAGCAGCCUGAGCUCUUCAGGAAUCUGAUUUAUUUUUGUAUGUUUGGCCAUUUAAAGGUUUAUUACUCAUGCUUUCUCUAACUGUAAAUAGUAACUGUAAACUGAGGUAGAUAUUGACUUAUCCUGAGGGAUGUCGAGCUGAAUUAUGUAAAAAUGUAAAUAGUUUUUAUUUUUAAAAACACAAAAAGGAAUGUGGUGACGGCCAUCUCCAGAUGCACUGGUUGCAUCUUCCAGUCCUGGAGUUCCCUGGUGCUCAAGAUUUUUCAUCUGCUUCUGUUUUUGUCCUGAUUUCUCUCCUGCAGCAUUUGAGACAGGUUCUGGUCACUAAAUGGCCUGCUGUCCCACUCAACAGGUUUAGUCAAUGUAGCACCAUCAGCCCCCAACCACAAGACUAUGUUCCUCCCUGGCUUUGAGGAAAGAUCCCAAACUCGUCAGAUCUAUUUUGUGCGAUCCUCUGCACUGCCGGUGGGGUCAUAGUGAGGAGUCUGGAGAGGAGUUGAUACUGUCAGGAGACAUUGGUAAAAUGUGUAUCACUUCAUGCAACUGAGGAGCUUUCUAUUCCCCAAUGUGUAAACAAGUAGUUUAUUGUGAUGGUUGGGAUUCUAUUGAAAAUAUCUUGAAGUUCUCUUACACCACACUGCCCAUCCUUUCUCUUUUGCACCCAUCUCUCUCCAAAUCACAAGACUUUCAUGCAAGAGAUGCAAUGGAGCAAACCUGUCAUGUGAAAGUUGGUCGUUCUUUUUAAAUGUGUUUAAAUGUUUAUAUUGUAAUGAGUGGGUAAAUAAAUGUUUCCAGUUUAAUGUAGAUUAUUGUAAAGUUUUGAAUCUUUAACAAAUUUCCAAAUUGAAAUGUAAGUUUAAGGGGAAUCGAUCCAAAUAACCCAUUUUUGAAUAUUGAGCAAUCCUGGGAUGGAGAAACUGAGGUGACUUUUUAAAUGUUUAAAAAAAGCAAAAAAAUGUUCACAGAACUAUUAUUUUCGAACUUUAACAAGUUUUGUACUUGUUUAUGGUUGAAUUUUUUUAAGUCUGUAUCUUCUGUUAGUACUAGUGCCUCUGUUUUUUUUCUUUCUCCCUUCCUAGUUUUCAGUGUAAAUAGAACCUUCCCCUUGCACUCUCAAAGUUUCUUGGAAUUUCAACCAGAUAGUUCUAUAUACUGUUGUAAUUAAAUCAG